AAAAUUUAAUUUCGCACACUUAAGUUUAUGGUUCCUAAAAAAAUGACACAGCUCCUACUUUACAAUAAAAAUAUGGCCCGACAAUGACAGCUUUAUUAUGCCAGUCACUGUUUUUUUUUCACAGACUAUAAAUGAAUAAAUGUCACAAAUAGUGAUGUUGUGUUUUUCAGCCUCUUGGAUCAUUUAUUUCCAGUAUGAUACAAAUUAUUAUUAUUUAUGAUGAAAUAAAGCAAAAUGUGUUCAGUGACAACUGGCAGUGCGUUGGUUAUAUUCAUGUGUUCUCCUUACAGAAUGUGCAGCUGCUGUUGUUGUUGUUGUUGUUGUUGUUGUCACUGCCUGGUCCAAUUUUACAUUAGGCAAUGAAGGGGAAUAUGAGGUAAAUGAUUGUAAUAAUAAUAAUAAUAAUAACAAAACGGCAAUUUCAAUAUAAUAUACAUUUUACCCGUUCGAAAAGAUCACAACAACAAUCUCUGGAAACAGCACCAGCAGGACAAGCGGAUGAUGAGGACAAUGCAGCCCCUUCAGGUAAGUGUUUUGCUACUUUGUUAUCUCUGAAUGAAUUGAUAUGAUAAUUCUCUGAUCAAUGCAUCUGUAUGUCAAAUAUUACAGCACCUUGUGACUUUUUGGGGGGAUUUCAAAUGAUAUUGUAUAACAACAAUCUUUUUUUUAUUCUUAUCACCAUCAGACAACACUUCAUCUGUAGCUGAGAUGGAAACAGGGUCGUCAGCUGCUGCAGCAAUGGACAACACAGGUGGACAGCAGGGUGACACACUGAACAUCCCUGCAUUCACCAGGGAUCGACUGGGUGCAAAAGAAGUGGAACAGAACCAGGAAACUAGCUCACGCCAGGACCAACGUGGAGCGAGUUUAUUGGUUGUGGUGUCGUGGUCGGCGGGACCUUCACUCCGAGGGUUCGUAUGGGUCUAGUCCUUUCACUCCUUCUAUCUUCUGCAAAUACCGCGCCUUUUCCUUCGCGUUUAAUUUCUCUCGAUAUGGACCCGCUGCGUUCGCCUUCGCCCUCGCCCGUUCCAUUUGUUGAACUUUUUCGUGUUUGUGUUCAUUUGUGUGCGUCGAUAGUAGCUAAAGAAAAAGACGUAAACAGCCGGACUAUUUGGGACUACCGGCAUGUUGCCUUUAACCCCCCAGAAUGCAUUGCGUGUUGGUCACGUGGUCUGGUGGGCCCUAACUGUCAAAACGUAUACGGACCGUUAAGCCUGCACCUACAACAACAACAACAACAACAACAAAAAAGCGUCACCACCUGUCUUUGGAUUGAAGCUCCCACACCUGACGACAAUAAUCAGCUAAUGAAAAGCUAAAGCUGCAGGUCAAGCUCUGUCAUCCAGCUGCAUGGACGUUCAGCCGCAAACUGUAAGUUUUUAAAGUGUUUUUUAAAUUAAAAACAACCUUUGAAAACGUAUCACUGAGCUGAGUUGCCGUGUUAAUAUCAUUUAGUGUUCACUAAAUAACACGGAUGUAAACGAUACAGUGGCCAUAUCUGGAGCCCAUCCAGGAGGAACCGGAGCAAGAGGAUGAAAGUAGUGGAAGUGACGCAGGGGAAGGAGGAGAUGAGGAUUUUCAAGUUCAAGUGGGAAUGGAGACUGAGGAUGAGGAUGAGGAUGAGGAUGAUGAUGCUCCACUGAGGGUUCUCAGGUCAACAAGACUGUCUGAAAGUUUUCUUCAAAUUCAGUCUACUGGACAAAUGGAGGAGCCACACGUGUCAGAUCUCAGCACAAGUGAAGAAGCCACAACAUCUGAGCAGCCGUCAGGAAGCGAGAGGCAGUCCAGGAGUCCGCAGCGGAGGAAAAAGGUCAGCAUUAUUAUCACAUUUCACACAAUGUCAACACACUGCUCAAAAAUGUGAUAGUGAGGUGUUGAUUCUAAAGAUGCCUAAGAUCAGGAAGCAGAAAUGUGUAUCGCUUAAGAGGAAGAAGAAGAAGAGGAGAAGCAGCAGGGGGUCAUCUCUGGUUGUGAGUGGUCAUUUUAUUGUAGGCAAAGAUGACUCCACCUCUAAAGAUAUUCAUUCUCAUCUAUGUGUUGUUGUUGUUGUUGUUGUUGUUAAAUAUCCAGAAACCUUUUUUCACGGAGGAGCUGUUUCCUCCGUGGCUGGUGGAACUGAUGGUCAACAUCGAAGAGGCAACAACACACCAGCUGGUGAUUGAGUAACAAUCACGCGCUGAUUGUGGGGAUGUUCAGUGAUGUCGCUCAUGUCAGACAUUGACCUUGUUAGUGAGCACAGAGCAGGAACAAACCUCCCACACACAAAAACACACAAUAGGAAGAGUCGGCACUGCCACAGAGGAAAGACAGUAGAUCAAUGCGAGGGUCACAGUUGUUGUUUUUCAAAUCAAUAGUAGUGAAUAAACGAAAAGAAAGAAAAGUUUAUGUACCAUAGGGCAUAUUGUUUUUUAUAUGGUCACCUUAGGUUGGAGUAAUUUUAUGUAGUGUAAAGACCUGAGAACCCGUGUCUAUUUUCCUUUUGACAGAACAACUGGGGCCAGUUUUUCUUUGCUGGGUUAGACUUAUUUUCACAAAUUAAGUGGAGCAAACGUUUCAAGAGGUGAACAUACAGUAUUAAACGGGCUUCACUCGUACUUCAUCACUUAACACGUUAAAGCAAAGAACAGUUCACAAAAUUCACCUCUGUCACUUUUUUUCCACACUCACUUCACAGUAACAUUUCAGCAAAAAUGAUUUCCAAUUGGUCUGACAAUUCAGGAUAAACUAAUUAUACUUUAAGUGCACCAUGACCUGUUUGGUAUAUUGCCAUGUGGACUGCCAUGUUUUCACAAUAACCCAGAGUUAUGAAGGCUACACAGUAGUUAAUUUUGCUUUAUGUAACAUUCUAGAUAUAGAAAUAACUCAGUAUUAUAAUAUAUAUUAUAACUCGGCCUAAACAAAAUAACAAUACAUUCCAAAAUUUAAAAUAAAUUAAUAUAGAAUAAAUUUAAAGCAUCAGCAAUAGAGCCGGAGUUGGCUUGUGACAGUAAGGAGAAUAAGAAGCAUUAUUUAAUUUGAUUUUAGUCAGAUUUCAGUCUAUUAAACUAAUUUAGCAGGACAUUUCUGUUCAAAGAACAAAUCUCUUAAAAAGGGAAAGCCUGUGGUCAUACAGCGUUCCGAAACAUGAUGUUAGUCUUGUGCUCUUACUGUACUGUCGAGGUUGGCAUUUGCCAUAGAUAGUUAUGACCAAUACUACACCAAGGAAGCAGCCAUGCAGUUACUACUGACUGUCUUCAGAUAAACAUGUUGUGAUUCUAGCAGGGCGAUCCAUAAUGUUAGGCUUAUGCAAUGUUGAAAGCAAAUGACCUUGUUUAUCUGUCUCGCUGAUAAGAGGAACCUCCACCAAAGAGACCAAGUGGACAAACAAGGUUUUUCGUGUCAAAACAGUGUCAAAGCACAACUUUGGUCGGCGUCGCUGAAUUAAAAUAAGCGUUUGACAAUACAGUCGCACCUUUUCCCUUCACCCGGCAUCAUCUGAUCCCCUUCUGUGUUGACACAUUUCUUGACAAACCAGUAUCCAUGUGGUGGUUUUCAUAACCUGAAGUACAGACCAGGAUCAGUAAUUUGCUCAUACGGAGACAAACAGGGUUGUUUUGAUGUGCCAACGUCAAUAUUGACGACCAACCCCCGUGAACCUGGAUCCACGCACAUCCAACGGGGUCAUCCACGCUUUACAGCAGCUUUGUAAAAACAAUUUUUUUUUUUUUUUAAAUCUACGUACACUGUCAAUCAUUUACCUCCCUGGAGGCCAGAUCUUUACAUAAAUACUGCUGCUUCGGGGAAAUCCCAUUAGAAGGAAAACUAGAGUCAUAGAGAGCAAGUCUCAGAAGUGAAUCCAAGAGCCGAAACUUCAGCAGGAUUAAGGAGAUGCCUGGAUUAUUUGAGAAGCUGACAUUUGUGGCAGGAGUGGCCCUGGCUGUCGUCGCUGUAGUGAGGUCUUCCCCUUUCGUGGGACCGGAGCCAAUACGCUGUGCUCCCUGCACGCAAGAGAAGCUGAACGAGUGUCCCGCCGUCCCAGCAGACUGUAAACAGAUGCUGAAGGAGCCGGGCUGUGGCUGCUGCAUGGCCUGUGCCCUGGAGAAAGGGGCAUCCUGUGGAGUUUACACUGCCCACUGCGCUGUGGGUCUGCGCUGCACUCCCAGGCCCGAUGAGGUCAGACCUCUCCACGCUCUGACCAGAGGACAGGGGGUCUGCACCGAAGAUGUGGACCAAGAGGAAGCUGAGGUGCUCCCUGACCACAGCUCCACGCACCACUUAGUGGGUCUCAACCUUCACGUCGACCACCAAGACAACACUGAGGGCCAAGAGAGCAUCAAGUCCAAGGUCAAUGCCAUCCGCAACAAACUGAUACAACAGGGACCCUGCCACUUUGAACUCCAAACAGCUCUGGAGGUGAUCGCCAGCGCUCAGCGGAAACUUGGAGAGAAGUUCACAACGUUCUACCUCCCAAACUGUGACAAACACGGCUUCUACAAGGCCAAGCAGUGUGAGUCAUCUCUGGUCGGACCGCCUGCCCGCUGCUGGUGUGUCUCCUCCUGGAACGGCAAGAGGAUCCCAGGGUCGAGUGACCUGAUCGUUGAUUCAGAGUGUCACCAAGAAGUCACACUGUGAGGGACACACAUACACACACUCGCCCCCCCCCCCACUGCAUGUGUGAGCACAUAACAUGUUUCUUAAGUUAAUCUCUGUCUGCAACCACCUGGUGAAGUGACUUCCUUUUUAACAAAAAGACGUUUAUUCCUUUUUAUUUACAUGACGUAUGCAUCGAGACUUAUUUAUUCACUACUUGUAUAUUCUUCCAAAUGUUAACCAUUUGUUGUUUUUUAGAUUUUUAUACAUGUUUGUUUGUUUGUUUGUUUUCAAUUGUAAACAGGGCAACAGUGUAUACAUUUGUGUUUCCGACUAAAAACUCCAGCGCUAGAAACCACUGGUCCACAGUUAUGUCAAGCACAUUUUCAGGAGUCUUCAGGAUUCUUUCUUUUUUUCACUCAUUCAAAACUGGAGCUGUGCAUGGCACGAAAACCAUACAGCUGCUCAUUCAUUCAACAUGUUGACAUUGUCUGAAUGUAUCUCCAUUGGCGUUUCCUCAAUGGGCAUUGGUGGAAAUACUUAAAGUGCCACAAGUAUGUGCAUAGUGGUCAAGCACAAACAUAUCAGGGUUCAUCCAAGCCGCUCUGAGAUUUGGGACUCGCUCUUCUGCAUUUGUCUACCUCUUCUAGGACUGCAGGUCCACAGGUUUAGCGGGUUUAGAGGGUUGCUUAGGGUUUUGUUUUUUUUCUCGGGUACAAUUUUCAUUGUUUUCUCAUAUUCUACUUUCUUUAUUUAUUACAAUUCACCACGUGUUUAUGCUUUUGUUUAUUGUUGAGGUCACAUGUGGUGGACAGUUUUUUGUGAAUGCUAUUUGCCAGGAAUGCUGCUAUCCCACCUUUGGGUUGUAUAAAAAACAAUGUAGAAAGUCCUCUUACUCUGUGGAUUUGCAUUCAAUUAAAUAUAUUAUUUAAUCCUU